UCCAGGAAGGGAAGCCAGCCUGUGAAGGAGCAUGGCGUUGAGACAGGAAAUGGCAAAAAGUCUUUUGAAGACAUCUUCUCUGUCUGGAAGGACAAAAUUGCUACAUCAAACAGGAUUGUCACUUUAUAGUACAUCCCAUGGAUUUUAUGAGGAAGAAGUGAAAAAAAAACUUCAGCAGUUUCCUGGUGGAUCCAUUGACCUUCAGAAAGAAGACAGUGGCAUUGGCAUUCUUACUCUGAACAAUCCAAGUAAAAUGAAUGCCUUCUCAGGUGUUGUGAUGCUACAACUUCUGGAAAAAGUAAUUGAAUUGGAAAAUUGGACAGAGGGGAAAGGCCUCAUUGUCCGUGGGGCAAAAAAUACUUUCUCUUCAGGAUCUGAUCUGAAUGCUGUGAAAUCACUAGGAACUCCAGAGGAUGGAAUGGCCGUAUGCAUGUUCAUGCAAAACACCUUAACAAGAUUUAUGAGACUUCCUUUAAUAAGUGUUGCGCUGGUUCAAGGUUGGGCAUUGGGUGGAGGAGCAGAAUUUACUACAGCAUGUGAUUUCAGGUUAAUGACUCCAGAGAGUAAGAUCAGAUUUGUCCACAAAGAGAUGGGCAUAAUACCAAGCUGGGGUGGCACCACCCGGCUAGUUGACAUAAUCGGAAGUAGACAAGCUCUCAAAGUGCUGAGUGGGGCCCUUAAACUGGAUUCAAAAUACGCUCUACACAUAGGAAUGGUUGAAGAGGUCUUGCAGUCUUCAGAUGAAACUAAAUCUCUAGAAGAGGCACAAGAAUGGCUAAAGCAAUUCAUCCAAGGGCCACCGGAAGUAAUCAGAGCUUUGAAAAAAUCUGUUUGUUCAGGCAGAGAGCUAUAUUUGGAGGAAGCAUUACAGAAUGAAAGAGAUCUUUUAGGAACAGUUUGGGGUGGGCCUGCAAAUUUAGAGGCUAUUGCUAAGAAAGGAAAAUUUAAUAAAUAAUUGGUUUUUCGUGUGGAUGUACUCCAAGUAAAGCUCCAGUGACUAAUAUGUAUAAAUGUUAAAUGAUGUUAAAUAUGAACAUCAGAAUUACUUUGAAGGCUACUAUUAAUAUGCAGACUUGUUUUUAAUCAUCUUUUGAAUAUCUGAACUCAUUUACCUCAUUUCUUGCCAGUUAUUCACUUGGGUAUUUACUGCAUAAUCUGGAACAUUUAGCUAAAAUAUACACUUUUGGCUUAAAAAUUAUUGCUCUCAAUUCCAAUAAUAAUUCUUAGCUUAUAAGCAAAGAGCAGUGUUUAAAAGGAGAGCUUCUAUACAAAACCUAUUCCUGGUGUUACUUUUCAUAAAAUUUUGUCUUACCUGUCUUACCUGGAAAUAAUUUACCAAAAUAAUGAGUAUUGCUAUUAAAGAGCAAAAGUGGGGAGGGAUCAGGGAACAAGAAAACAAGAAAGGAUAUGAUCAAUUAUUUUCUUCUGCUCCAAACAGCCGGAGUAAAAUUCAUGGGAAAUGGCCCUUAAUUUAAAAAAAGAUGUACCUCACUACCCACUACAAAUUUGGAACUUUAUUUGAUCUUUUCAAUAAUUAGUUUUCUGUUAUAAAUUAUCUACUAAACAGUGGUAGCCAUGACAUGGAAAGUCAACUGAUUUUACAAAUUGAACAUUCAUUUGUGUGCCCUGGAAUUUCCAACUAGUAAUAAACAACUACUGUUGAUGUAGUUUUAAAAUUAAAACCACUCGAAGGGACUCAUGAAGCAUCUUGCAACAUAAAUUUGCAUUUUUACAUCAGAUUUCUUUUUUUUUCCUGAAAAACAACUAACCUUUUAUAACUGUCUUUCAAAAGUAAACGUAAAAAUGCACAACAUAAAAUGUUUAUGAUCAUCCCAGAAAUACACUUUUUAAAAAAUGUGAAAGUCCAAGAAUUAAGUUCUAGUUCUGACUCAUCACAAGAGGUCAAAAGUAUUUGCUACUGUAACAUUCAAUUCACAUUUGAGAAUCAUGGUAAAAAUAACUUGCAUUUGCCUUAUACAUGAUCCUACUGUUGAGUUCGGAAAAUAUGGUUAGACAGACUCACGUUACUUUUUUUCAGAGGUAAAUUCUAGAUUACUGUGUCAACCUAAUAUUUUCUAUUUGGCCAUAGAUGUAAAAUCUACCAAAUAAAAGUGGAUUUUGUGGUCUACAA